GUUCGCUAUUUAGGAAGCAGUGAAAGAUAAGCUAGCAGAGUUUAUUCAGUACCGAAUGCCAGUAGGAGAUUUACCAUCCUUGAAAACAUGUCCUAAGUGUGAAUCGCAAUGUUCGCAUCUGACUUCUAUUUUAGGGAUACCUCUUGAAUGAUCUUGUAUCUCUUUAAUAUCGCCAUCGGUCUCAAAGAAGCCAGGCCAUCCUCAGUUUCAUUUCAGCUUAUGCUCUGAUUUAAAUAAUAGUUUAUUGCAUAUUAUUCAGCUAUAUUCGCCUUUCUUAGAAUGCUUGUUAUAUAUCCCAGUGAAUGAGGGUUCUGUAGCUCCCUCUUGGGUAACUUUAUAUUGCAACUCAGUUAAUCUUUCUUUGAGUUCCUCUUUAGUUUCUUCCAUUUAAUAUAA